GUAUCCUUUGUCCCUCUCGCACCAACGUAUCAUUUAAGCGUCUUUCUUCUUUUUUUGUUUUGAUUUUUUCAUGAAUGCCGUGUCUGUUGGUGCUUGGUGACGUUACGCUCUUACAACUUUCUAUUUAUACUCUUUGCUCAUUUUAGCAAAUUAAAUUGUGUAUUAAAUAUGCAAAACCACAAGUAGUCGGUUAUUGAUUACUUUCACGUGAGCGGUUUCCGCGGGUUACAGUGAUAGGACACAAUAGAUAUAUCUUUUUCUGGUUCCCAGAAUAAACAAGUUCGAAAUUGAUGUGCAGUGUAUUUUAAAAUUAUGUAAAAACAUUCUGAAAUCUAGCCAGAUAGUUAAUGCAAAUGAAAAUUCAGGGUCAAGCUAAUGCAAACGCGGAAUAUUUCAACACACAAUACCGAAAUGUGCAGAAUAGGCGGAAACAUCAAAUUUGUUUACAAAACUUGUGCAGGCUCUAAAUAGGUCACCCAGCUACAAUACAUACGAUGAACGAACUCUAACAAGUGUCGUCGAAUAUUGUAAAAUGAACGAGUUGGAUGGUGAUGAUGGUGAAUUAGACCCUAGGAUACAGAUAGAGUUGGAAAAACUUAACACAACCACAGACGAGAUCAAUAAACUUGAAAUUGAAUAUGAUGAGGCAAACACCACCUUUCGCAUGCUGUUGAAUGAGUCUACACGUCGUCUGAAAUUGCUUUCAAAACGCUUAGGAAGUUGUAUAGACAAAUCACGAUUAUAUUAUGAGCUAUUAGAUAGAUAUAAAGAAGCACAAGCAGAAUGUCAGAGGGCAGCAGCAUUAUACAAAAAGGCUCAUGGAGUUCAUGCAGCAGCAAAAGAAACUGUUGCAUUGGCAGAACAACGAUUCUUGGAGAACAGGGAUGAGUGGCAGUUUGAUAAUGCUUGGCAGGAAAUGCUAAAUCAUGCAACCAUGAAAGUAAUGGAAGCUGAGAAUGAAAAAGCUGAGAGUGGAAGAGAACAUCAGAGGAGAGCAAAAAUAUGUGCAGAUAUUGAGGAGAAAUUGAAGCAUGAGGAAGAAAAGGCUGGAAGAGCUAUAUCAAAAGCAAGAGCUUAUUUUGAUGAAAAGCAGCUAUGUCAAGAACAGUUGAACACCCAAAAAGAACGCAUUGAAAGCCUGAAACGAGAUAUAAUCGCGGCAAAACAACAUUAUUCUCAAACGUUGAAGAACCUUGAACAGAUUUCGAACGAAAUCCAUGAAAAGAGGCGCGAUGUGCUUCUGCGCGGUCCUAGAGAACCAGGCGUUGGAGCUGAACUAAAUGUUGCUUUCCAUGAAGGUCCUCACAAAGAACCCGCUGAGUCAGCCCACCAAGAACUGCCGGACAUCGCCAACGAACUAGACAAAUGCUACAUCCGACGGACAACGGGCGCGAGCAGCGUGAAUGCCAGCAGCGCCACCAGCGAUAGAGACGGCAACGAAACCGAUGACGAUCUGGACUCGUUGGAGGUGGACAGCAGGACGGCGGAAGGCAAGAGCGAAGAUGUGUACGUGUCUGAGUACCAGAUGGGGCCGUUGUCGCCGGCAAAGAUACCGGUGGAAGUGCGGCCGAAAGAGGCUGGAAGCUAAGAUUAAGGUCGGAUGGGGGAGAGUUGUUUAGGGCCAGUGUCCUUCCAACAGACGUCAACUAUUGAGGUAUUCAAUAAUUUUUGUAAAGUUGUGUAUUAUUAUUAUUGUUAUUACGUAGAAGUAAUGGAAUUGAUGAACAAUUAUUCGAGUGUUUUACUACCUUUAACGGUGAAC